AUGGAAACUAAUUCAGAGGUGCCGAGAGCCGACCCAGAGUCUUUGAUUGCGAAAUUUCAGAUUGAGAAGCUGCUCAAGCAAGAUCAACAUGGCCGGCGUAUUACGCUUUUGGGCUCGAUCAACAACCAGCAAGGCAUCCUGACAGCCGAACGUGCAGCAUUUGCGACAGAAUCCCUCGAGGUCAUACAGGCGUUCCAUUCUGCCAUUACUCGAGUCAAAAAUCUUGGUGACAACGACAUAUACCGCUGGUAUCUUGCAUCGUCUACCGGCAGCAAUAGCAGCCAAUCAGCCGAUAGUCAACAGGAUCUCAAGCUCAACCUGAUCUGGCCAUGUACAGCAAAGCACAUCAAAAAGUACUCCGACCAACAAGUCCGUAUGGUUACCGAGACCUCAGAGAUCUAUCACCAGCAUGUGCAACCUUUCAUGCAGGCGAAGCGCGAGGAAGGCCACUUGAAUUGGGUGUUCAAUAUCCUCGAAGGUCGCACGGAGCAAGAAGAUGUGAUCAUGCGGGAUGCCGGCCAGGGUCCCGAGGAUGGAUUCUUGAUGCUGCCGGACCUUAAUUGGGAUCGGAAGACAAUGAAUUCUCUGCACUUGCUGGCUCUUGUGCAUCGUCGGGAUAUUUGGAGUCUGAGAGAUCUCCAGAAGAAGCACAUUCCGUGGUUGAAGUAUCUGCGACAGAGGGUACUGGAGGCUACGGUGAAGAUGUAUCCCGACAUGGAGGAGGAUCAGCUCAAGCUUUAUGUUCACUAUCAACCGACCUAUUACCAUUUCCAUGUCCAUGUUGUCAAUGUCAUGCUGGAAGCUGGCGCCACUCAGGCUACAGGUAAAGCGUUUGGUCUCGAGAAUAUCAUCUCUCAACUUGAGACAAUGUCUGGUGGUGAAAACGCGAGUAUGGCAGAUGUUAAUUUGACCUACUAUCUUGGCGAGGCGAGCGAACUGUGGACGGAGAUUUAUGCGCCAUUGAAGAAGGGUCUCAGCCCAAUCGCUCAUUCAAAUUGA